AUUUAAUGUUAAGCCAACAUUCAAGAAAACGCACAACUUUCCCGGUUCGACCCCAAACAUUCUUGCUUUCUUAGAUUUCAAAUGGAUCUUCACAAAAAUUCAAGAGCCGUUCUGGGUUGUUUUCUGAUUCUCUCGGCAUUUUUUUCCAAUGCGUCGGCGAACUUCGUGUUCUCCGUUAGCCACAAGUUCAACGGCCGUGACGGGCGGUCGUUGAGCGAGCUCAAGGCCCAUGAUUCCCGCCGUCACGGCCGGAUUCUUGCCGGCUCUGCUUCUGCUGUGGAUGUACAGCUGGGCGGUGAUGGCCGUCCGUCCGGCACCGGACUGUACUUCGCCAAGCUCGGGAUUGGGACGCCGUCCAAGGACUAUUUUGUCCUGGUGGAUACAGGGAGUGACAUCAUGUGGGUCAAUUGCAUCACCUGCAUAACCUGUCCCAAGAAAAAUGACAUUGGUGUGAAGCUCACAUUGUAUGAUCCGAAAGGCUCUUCGAGUUCGAAUGCUAUUACUUGUGAUCAGGAUUUUUGCACGUCGCAAUUCAAAGAUCAACCUCCAGCCUGCCAACCGGGCAUGCCCUGCUCGUACGACAUGACUUAUGGUGACGGAAGUGAGACGGUGGGAUACUUUGUGAAGGAUAAUGUUCAAUUUGAUAAGGGGACUGAUGGCAGUGUUGUGUUUGGUUGCGGAACUGCGCAAUCCGGUCAGAUAAGUGAGUCAUCCAGCGCGCUUGAUGGGAUUAUUGGAUUCGGGCAGGCGAAUUCGUCUGUGUUUUCCCAGCUGGCUGCUUCCGGGAAGGUGAAGAAACAAUUUGCACAUUGUUUGGACAAUGUUCGCGGAGGCGGGAUUUUCGCCAUUGGCGAAGUGGUGGAGCCAAAGGUGAACAACACAACGCCGUUGGUGCCGGGGCAGGCGCAUUACAAUGUUGUACUGGAGGCAAUUGAGGUAGGAGGUGAAGUCGUGCAGCUUGCCUCUCAUGUUUUCGACACAGGGUCAAUCACAGGGACGAUCAUCGACAGCGGAACAACCCUGGCCUAUCUCCCACAGGAGGUUUUCGACCCUAUGAUGCAGAAGAUCUUAGCCACGCAGCCUGACUUGCAACUUCGCACAGUUGACGACCACCUCACAUGCUUCGAAUUUUCCAACAAUGUAGACGAUGGAUUUCCAUUGGUGAAGUUCAACUUCAAUAAUUCGGCUUCCCUGACGGUUUAUCCCCAUGACUAUCUGUUCCAGCUGAAGGGAGAUGUGUGGUGUUCCGGCUGGCAGAGCAGCGGGAUGAAAUCGGAAAGCGGAGACUCCCUGACGCUUCUCGGAGAUUUGGUGCUGUCGAACAAGCUGGUGAUAUAUGAUGUGGAGAAUCAGAUGAUUGGAUGGACCGAUUACAACUGCUCAUCAAGCAUCAAAGUGAGGAAUGAGAAGACUGGAGCAAUAGAUACAAUUGGUGCUCACAAUCUUUCUUCAGCUUCAGUUUUUACAGUUGGGAGAUUAUUAUUGACGUUCUUCUUGUUAAUUUCUGCUGUGUUUUAGAGUAUGUUUUCAUCAUAAAUUUCAUCAAUGAAAUUGUGGA